AUGCCCGUGACUUCAUCGCCCGUGCGGCUUUCACGGGCUCGCGUCUUACCCCAUGCCUCACAUAUGUUAAGGUCCAAGUUCUCAACGUCAACGAGGACAUGGGGAUAUGCGGAUACGCUUCCAAAUCUCAAGAUUGGAGCCCAUACAAAGGUCCUUUAUCAAGGGUUUACUGGUCGACAGGCCACUGCCAAUGCGAAGGAAUCUCUAGCAUGGGGUACGAGGAUUGUUGGAGGCGUGAAGCCUGGUGUGGAAGGCGAGCAUUUGGGGCUUCCUGUCUUUCCCUCUGUGAGAACGGCAGUGGAUAGGGCGAAACCUGAUGCAUCUGCCAUCUACGUCCCAGGAAACCAGACAGCCAAGGCGAUUGAGGAAGCCAUCGAAGCUGAAAUACCCCUCGUAGUUGCUGUUGCGGAGCACGUUCCUCUUCAUGACAUGCUCAGAGUCCAUUCAAUAUUGCAGACGCAAUCCAAGACCAGACUUGUGGGAGCAAACUGCCCUGGGAUAAUAUCUGCAAUUGGAAAAUGUCGCAUUGGAUUUCAGCCCCUACCCUGCUUUUCGCCUGGUAGUAUUGGUGUCGUUGCGAAGUCCGGCACUCUGAGCUACGAGACUGUCGCGUCAUUGACCCGAGCUGGCUUGGGGCAAUCUCUAUGCAUCAGCAUGGGCGGUGAUGUUCUGGCGGGAACCAAUUUCGUGGACGCUCUGCAGAUCUUUGAGAAUGAUCCCGACACGGAGGGUAUCAUCCUUGUGGGUGAGAUCGGUGGCACUGCAGAAAUUGAUGCUGCUGAGUGGAUCAAGGACUACCAUAGGAGGACUUCUAAUCCUAAACCAAUCAUGGCCCUAGUUGGUGGUAUGGAAGCACCCCCAGGAAGAAUUAUGGGUCAUGCAGGAGCCUGGGCUGCUCCCGGUGAGCCAGAUGCCAGAGCGAAGUAUAAGGCACUGCAAAAUGCUGGCGCGGUACUCGUCAAUCAUCCCGAAAAGUUUGGAGAGGGUAUGAGAGAUCUGCUCAACAACACUACCCGACGUCCUACCAUCCAAUCUACAUCUGGGAACCAAGGUCAGAAACGGAGUUUUCAUACUGUGAGACGGACUCCUUCCGUUGUAAAGAAUAGAGACGUGUUUUCGAAUAAGCCCCAGCGACGCCGUCUCUAUAUCAAGCAACAUCAAGCAUUCGACAUACUCAGAGGUGAAGGUAUCGCCAUUUAUAACACAGUCGACCCAGAUGAGGAAUUUAUCCUUUCAAUCUCUGUUGACCGGAGUGCUCUGUCCCCAUGCAUCAUUGCGUCUCCUACGAUCGAAGAAGAGUUCUUAUUAGCUUUUACCCGCAAAUUCCCAAUCAGUUACGCGAAUCCGGAUUUCUCCAAAGAUGGCUCCCUGAUUCCUUCCCUCACGUCACAUCUUAACCUUCCGGCGAAUGCCAGAGGAGGGCUUCAGAACCUAGUUGAGAAGCUCUGGCGCAUAUUUAAGGAGAAGGAAGCGUUCCUGCUCGAGACCAGAGCCUCCUUGACCCCAGCGGGACAAUUUGAAGUCCACGGCGCACAUUUCGGGUUCGACGAUGCUGCGUACAGAAGCUCUGGCCGACAAGAGGAGAUUCAUAAGCUAAGGAAUAAAGCCGAGGAGGUCCCUGAAGAGGUAGAAGCUGAGAAAGAUGGUAUUGUCUACGUUAAACUUCAAGGCGAAGGAAGCAUAGGGACACUGGUCAAUGGUGCUGGACUUGCUAUGAACACAGUUGAUGCGCUUACACUGCAUGGUGGCCAUUGCGCGAACUUCCUUGACACUGGUGGCAAGGCAACUUCAGAGACUGUCAAGUCCUCGUUCCGCAUUAUCUCUUCCGACCCACGCGUUAAGACUAUCUUCGUUAACAUCUUCGGUGGGUUGACCAGAUGCGACAUGAUCGCUGAAGGUGUCAUCUUGGCGUUCCGGGAUCUGGACAUGAAAGUCCCAGUGGUUGUCAGACUCAGGGGUACGAACGAGGAAGCGGGACAGAAGAUGAUUGCGGAGAGCGGCCUCCCAUUGCACGCUUUCGACAGCUUUGAGGACGCUGCCAAAAAGGUCAUUAGUCUGGCACGCCAAUCUUAA